CCGCUGACCGUUGCUCCCGUCUAGUGCAAGUCUGUUAGUGGUUCUCGCGGUUGUGUGAGUGGCGGUCUGCGGACGGGGCGCCGUGCCGUUUUUAUCAUCUGCAGGUGGUGAGGAGUAGCUCUCUAGGUCCCCAUGAGGGUUCCUAGAUGGCGCUGCUGCUCGCUCCUGCGGCGGACAAUCUCAGCCGUCUCGCCUCAAAUGCUGCCUGUUGUUUUGCGAAAUCCAAUUAACUAAUGAUAUGGCAUAUGGUGAGCCGCUGGGAGUGUCGAUGGGUCGCUGGCGUCAGGAAUGCCCCUGCUUGAGCCCAUGUCAGGUUUUAGGCUUUCCUGACCUUUCGUCACCGUCGUGUUAUGGCCAGUCGUGGCAGACCAUCACCACUCAUCCCUUUCAUACCGUCGUGACGUGCACGUGGACACUGCGGUGCCAACCUCAAAUGUUAUCAAUGGCUUUAGACUUUAAGGUGACACUAACAGAACAUUAACUAACACUGAAACAAUCUAAUGACCCAAGUGCAAUACCUAACUUCGAGGGAAAAGUUCGAUGGACUAGUAUAUUUGAAUUCAAAAUCGUGUUUAAUAAGAGAGACUAGUUAACCUAAAAAGUGGACUGCGGUGGGGGUUGUGCUGUGUACUUAGCUCUGCCUCUAGUUGUUAAAUGAACAUCCAGGGAUUAUAAGAGACUUACAAUUUACGGCUUUACGUCGUAAAUACUACGUAGACACGUGAUUAUUAAAGGAGUGCUACCGUACAACCUGCCGCGCCCAUGCCCUUAAGUUCGGUUGGCGGCAGCGCAGGAGGCGGCGGGCGCGCAAGCGCGCGCGGCGCCAGCUGAUACCAUGGGCGGCGCGCAUCCGCCCGCUACUCCGGGGCCCACGUCGCUCUUCAUACUCUCCGACGAAAAUCCUAUACGGAGGUACACAAAGUUCAUCAUUGAGUGGCCACCCUUCGAGUACGCGGUGCUGCUUACCAUCAUAGCCAACUGCGUGGUGCUGGCGCUGGAGGAGCAUUUGCCCAACGGCGACAAGACCAUCUUAGCACAGAAUCUGGAAAAGACCGAGGCGUACUUUUUAGGAAUAUUUUGUGUAGAAGCCUCGUUAAAAAUUUUAGCUUUAGGUUUUGUUUUACACAGGGGCUCGUAUCUUAGAAACGUUUGGAACAUUAUGGAUUUUUUCGUUGUAGUAACCGGUAUCGUCACGCUGCAGCCGAACAUCGCGCCGGAUGUCGACUUCAGAACCUUGCGUGCCAUUAGGGUGCUGAGGCCCCUUAAAUUAGUAUCGGGCGUCCCUAGUCUGCAAGUGGUGUUGAAGUCCAUCAUCAAGGCCAUGGCGCCACUGCUGCAGAUCGGAUUACUGGUGCUGUUUGCGAUCGUUAUAUUCGCUAUCAUCGGCCUGGAGUUCUAUUCCGGGGCUCUUCAUAAGACUUGUUAUAAUUUAGAAGAUAUUAAUGAAAUAAUGAAUGAGGGCGACAGUGCCACGCCGUGCAACGCAGACAACAAGAGUUUGGCGCCGUUGGGGGCCAACGUUUGCGAAUACGAUAAGAGCACGUGUUUAGAAAAGUGGGAGGGACCGAACAAGGGCAUCACGUCGUUUGAUAACAUCGGCUUCGCUAUGCUCACCGUCUUCCAGUGUAUCACGAUGGAGGGCUGGACUGCCAUCCUCUAUUGGACGAACGACGCUUUAGGCAGUGCAUUCAAUUGGAUUUAUUUCGUGCCUCUAAUAGUAUUGGGUUCAUUCUUUAUGCUCAACUUAGUUCUCGGUGUUCUUAGCGGAGAGUUCGCUAAAGAAAGAGAGAAAGUAGAAAAUAGGCAAGAAUUUCUUAAGUUAAGAAGACAACAGCAACUAGAAAAAGAACUCAAUGGUUAUGUUGAGUGGAUAUGUAAAGCCGAGGAAGUAAUUUUAGCUGAAGAAAGAACCACCGAGGAGGAGAAAAUGCACAUAAUAGAAGCGCGGAGGAAAGCAGCGGCCAAAAAGAAGUUAAAAAACCUCGGCAAAAGUAAAAGCACCGACACUGAAGAGGAGGAGCAGGACGAGGAGUGCGGUGACGACGGUUUUUUGAAGAGCAAGACGCGAUCGGUGGGCAAGUGUGCAGACUUCUGGCGGGCGGAAAAGAGAUUUCGUUUUUGGAUCCGGCACACGGUCAAGACGCAGUGGUUCUACUGGUUCGUCAUUGUGCUGGUGUUGUUCAACACAAUAUGUGUCGCCGUCGAGCAUUAUAAACAACCUAAAUGGCUGACCUCAUUUUUAUAUUAUGCCGAAUUUGUGUUCUUGGGUCUUUUUAUGAUGGAGAUGUGGGUAAAGAUGUAUGCUUUGGGACCGCGGAUAUACUUCGAGUCUUCUUUCAACCGAUUUGACUGCGUGGUAAUAUCGGGCUCCAUAUUCGAAGUGGUGUGGUCCGAAGUGAAGGGCGGCUCAUUCGGCCUGUCUGUGUUGAGAGCGUUAAGACUGCUGAGGAUAUUCAAGGUCACGAAGUACUGGUCGUCCCUCAGGAAUCUAGUGAUAUCACUCCUGAACUCCAUGAGAUCUAUCAUCUCACUGCUGUUCCUAUUGUUCUUGUUUAUCCUCAUCUUCGCUUUGCUCGGCAUGCAGUUGUUCGGCGGCCAGUUCAACUUCGAGGAGGGAACGCCGCCGACUAACUUCAAUACCUUCCCUAUAGCGCUGCUUACUGUCUUCCAGAUUUUAACAGGUGAAGAUUGGAACGAAGUUAUGUAUCACGGCAUCGAAUCACAGGGUGGCAUACAGAAGGGCAUGAUCUACUCUCUGUAUUUCGUUAUACUGGUGCUUUUCGGGAACUACACUCUGCUCAACGUGUUUCUUGCCAUCGCUGUCGAUAACUUAGCCAACGCUCAGGAAUUGACAGCUGCGGAAGAAGAACAGGUCGAGGAGGACAAGGAGAAGCAACUUGCAGAAUUGAAGAAAGAGAUGGGAGCGUUACACGCGGUGGACGGGAUACCACCCGAAGUAGAUUCGCCGUCGCCUACUACCAGGAAGAACAAAAAGAAAGAAGAGGCCAAAAAAGAGGAUGACGACGAGGUGCCAGAUGGACCAAAACCAAUGCUGCCAUAUUCGUCCAUGUUCAUUUUGUCACCCACUAAUCCAAUUAGGAGAGGCGCACAUUGGGUUGUAAAUUUAAAAUACUUUGAUUUUUUUAUCAUGAUUGUUAUAUGUAUGAGUUCUGCGGCUUUAGCAGCUGAAGAUCCUGUAGUUGAAGAAAGCGCCUGGAAUAAAAUAUUAAAUUUAUUCGAUUACGCGUUCACCGGUGUAUUCACCGUUGAAAUGUUACUCAAGAUUGUUGAUCUGGGAAUACUAUUUCACCCGGGUGCUUAUCUUCGCGACUUAUGGAACAUCAUGGAUGCUGCUGUCGUAAUAUGUGCCCUAGUAAGCUUCGGUUUUGAAAUCGGAGGUGUGAAAAAGGGCGCUCAGAAUCUAUCGACGAUAAAGUCGCUGAGAGUGUUGCGUGUGCUCAGGCCGUUGAAAACUAUAAAACGAAUCCCUAAAUUAAAAGCAGUGUUUGACUGUGUGGUGAACUCUUUGAAAAACGUCAUUAACAUUCUCAUUGUGUACAUAUUGUUUCAAUUCAUAUUUGCUGUAAUUGCAGUACAACUUUUUAAUGGUAAAUUUUUUCACUGCAACGAUAUCAGUAAGAAUACAUUUGAAGACUGCCAAGGGUCGUAUUUCGUCUACGAGGCGAAUAGCCUGCUGCCGAAAGUAAGCAAACGGCAGUGGACGACGCAAUUCUUCCAUUACGACAACGUCGCCACUGCCAUGCUCACGCUUUUUGCGGUACAGACGGGAGAAGGGUGGCCACAGGUGUUACAAAACUCCAUGGCUGCUACGUAUGAAGAUAGGGGACCCAUACAAAACUUUCGAAUAGAAAUGUCCAUAUUUUAUAUCGUUUAUUUUGUGGUGUUUCCAUUUUUCUUUGUUAACAUAUUCGUAGCUCUGAUAAUUAUCACAUUUCAAGAGCAAGGUGAAGCCGAGUUACAAGACGGUGAAAUUGAUAAGAAUCAGAAAUCGUGUAUAGACUUUACUAUAGAAGCGCGGCCUCUUGAGAGGUAUAUGCCAAGCAAAAGGGCGAGUUUUAAGUACAAAGUGUGGAGAAUAGUAGUCUCUACGCCUUUUGAGUACUUCAUCAUGACUCUCAUCGUACUCAACACAUUGUUACUCAUGAUGAAGUACUAUAAUCAAAAUGACCUCUACGCGGAUAUCCUCAAGUAUUCGAAUAUGGGGUUCACUGGAAUGUUUUCUGUGGAAACGGUGUUGAAAAUCAUCGCUUACGGUGUCAAAAAUUUUUUCAAAGAUCCAUGGAAUACAUUCGAUUUCAUAACGGUCAUUGGAAGUAUUAUUGACGCUCUCAUCAUGGAAUUGGGCGAAAACACUUUCAACGUCGGUUUCCUCCGCCUGUUUCGAGCCGCGCGACUGAUCAAGCUGCUCAGGCAGGGUUACACCAUUCGAAUACUGUUGUGGACGUUCGUGCAGAGCUUCAAAGCCUUACCCUAUGUGUGCCUUCUCAUCGCGAUGCUCUUCUUUAUCUACGCCAUCAUUGGGAUGCAGGUGUUUGGCAAUAUAGACUUAGCACCCGACUCAGAUAUGAACAGACACAACAACUUUCAAAGCUUCAUUCAAGCACUCAUGCUACUAUUCAGAUGCGCAACGGGCGAGUCCUGGCCUAACAUCAUGCUGGCGUGCCUCAAGCCGGCAAAGUGCGACGAGAAGGCCGGGAAGAGUCCAAGCGAACCUUGCGGAAGCACGCUCGCUUACGCCUACUUCGUAUCGUUUAUAUUCUUCUGUUCAUUUCUUAUGUUAAAUUUAUUCGUUGCUGUCAUUAUGGAUAACUUUGAUUACCUAACGAGGGAUUCGUCCAUCCUCGGCGCACAUCACCUUGAUGAGUUUGUUAGAAUAUGGGCCGAAUAUGACCCAAAUGCCACCGGAAAGAUCCACUUUACGGAAAUGUAUGAUAUGUUAAAAAAUAUGGAUCCUCCGCUGGGGUUUGGCAACAAGUGUCCGAAUAGGUUGGCCUAUAAGAAAUUAAUUAGAAUGAAUAUGCCGUUAGACGACGAAGGGAAGGUUAAUUUUACUACAACUCUCUUCGCGUUGAUACGGGAAAAUUUAAACAUCAAGAUGAGAUCAGCGGACGAGAUGGACCAAGCGGAUGAAGAGCUGAGGGAAACAAUUACUCACAUAUGGCCAUUGCAAGCGAAGAAAAUGUUAGAUUUGCUGGUGCCUCGAAACGAUGUACUCAAUACAGGGAAAAUGACCGUGGGCAAGAUCUACGCGGGCCUCCUCAUCCUCGAGAGCUGGAGAUCGACUAGGUUUGGCCGGAAUCCUCAGGGCGUUACGGUGUUGGAGUUGCAAGACGUAGCUUCACAUCACGCCUCUAUAGAGUCUCUGGACGAGGCGCGACUAACGGCGCCGCACACCUACCAAAACGGUCACCACGGCAGGUCUUCCAGUUUGAGACGGACGCCCAGUCCGAGGCGGCGUGGCCACUACGGGGGCUACCACCACGACAUCGGGUUCUCGGACACGGUCAGCAACGUUGUCGAGAUAGUGAAGCACGAACAUCAGCGGCACGGCCGCUCACAUCGUCCGCCACAUCACUACCAUCCACAUGGGAAGGAGUGGAGAGCGCCGCACCCAACGACCAGCCUGAGCCAGCCCUCGCGGUCGCCCAGCCCGCCACACCACACCUACGUUUGGGCUCCAAUAGGUGAAAGAGAGCGGGAGAGGGACCGCGAGUGGCGAGCUUGGCGGGACCGGUCGUGGGAGAGGGACGGAGCGCGGCGUGGCCGCGGUCGGCAGCUCCCGCCCACGCCUACCAAGCCGUCCACGCUGCAGGUCAAGCAGCAGCCACCGUUCACUCGAAUCACCCACAGCCCCUCUCAUUUAUCAUUGAGGCAAACGGUGCGGGACCCGGUGGAGCCUUUGCACGAUGAGUACGAGUAUGGCCGAGAAGUAGAAAGACUGAUACACCGAGACUAUAGAUCUAGAGAUAGUAUUUGCAACAGACGCGGGCGGGGCUACGAGAGCGAGCGGGGAGGGCGGUCGUACGAGCCAGUAGCGCCGCUGUCGUACGAGGCCGCGCUGGCGCUAGGUCGCGGCGGCGGCGGCACGCGCGCGCUUCCCUCGCCCGCGCCGCUUCGCGACUGCCCAACGGGUACAAGCCGCGCGCGCGCCACUCCGACUCCGACGAGGACGACUGGUGCUAGCGGCGCCGACGCGCGCGCUCCCAGAGAGACGUGCGCGCCGCCGCGGUCCCCGCGACUCACGCGCACACCUUCUGAAGCGUCGCGCCUGGCCCGACCCGCGACAACACGCCUCGAACGAUCUCGUUUUUUACUCGGCGACCGUGUGUAUAUAGACGACUUACGUUGCUCAGGAUUUUGGACGUCCCUCCUGGACACGGCGGACCUCCGCUGCGCCCCCUCCCGGCGGGCCUCCAUGAGCUAUAUCCAAAUUCUAGUAUUUACAAAGUUUUGGAAAAUUUAAUUUUUAAUUCGCUAAAAUUUUACUCUUUAAUUUAUAUUACGAUUAAGGUAAUCGAAGUAUGAAACAGUGCCAGACAGCUCGUUUGCGCUAGGAUUUUUACAUAAAUGAAAUUAUUAGUCUGUAUUGUAAAAGUAACUUUCUAUAUCAUUAAAUUUGCACUCGAUAAAGUCCACGUUAUAUCGCCUCGCGCGGCGGCGCGCCAGGCACUCGGCGCCGGCGCCGUGCGCCUUCCGCGCCGCGCGUCUACAUCUACAACUUAGUCGUUGGGAAACACUAGCAAUUCAUCGUCAGACAAAUUAAUACUAGUAUUGUAUAAAAUAUUUACAUAGCAAAUAAUUUUUACUUAGUUAAUAUUAUACCUAAUAAUAACAUUUUUUAUUGAAUUUGCUGUCCUCCCCCAAGUGCUUUAUACGUUAUUUAAAUUUAAUAAAUACAAUUAAAGCUAAAAUAUGAAUUGUAUAUGUAUUGUAUUUCAUUAAAGAUGUCAUUUUUAAAUUAAAUUGGGUAAAAUUAUAAAAAUUAUGUACUGUUAUCAUUUAAACAAGAUUACUCUGAAUGAUUAUUUAUAUUAUAUGUAAUGUUGUGAAGUUAAUUAUAUUCAGUGUUGAGAUUGUUUAAAUCAUCACACACUAGGAGAUUCGUAACCGUUGUAAGCAUCGAGCCGUCGCCAUAGUCGCGGACGCCCCGCAAGCUGCGAGCGGCGCGGCGCGCCCGCCGGUCCACUACAUUCCAACCUCGCACACUCGAACAUUACACACCAACCAAAUGCUGAAAAUGAACGCCACUAGAAUACUUAACUCGAGGGUCGCACGUUUGCUUCUCGAUUCUGGAAUUUUAAAUUGAUACUUCCAUAUUACAUUUAAUACAGUGACGCCUAGUUAUCUAAGGACAAUUAAAUACAACCUUAUGUUUGUCAGUUUAAAAACGGUUCGCAUAAUAUAAAGUUCCUUGAUCGAGAUCAGGUGUGGCGUAUUUUAAUUAGCAACGAUAACACGCUGCUAAUUAAAACUACUGAAGGAAACCUGCGUCACCAUUUCUUUACAAUCAGGGUCAGAUUGGCUCACUAAUAAUUUACGAUAUAGAACUAUUUAAUUGUAAACUAAUAACUUUAUUGCAUGUUGUAAUUAUUCGUUAAUGAUCUACAAUUUAAAUGAAUGAGUAUUUACAAUCGUUUAGCCAAUUCUGCCGGUUGUUGAGACCCGUGCGUGACGUCUUGGUGCGAGACCGGCUUGACUGUUUUUACUAGGAUUUUAAAUUACUUUAGCAUUUAAGGUUUUUAUUCCACCUAAGUGUAGGAAGAGUCCAGGGGAUAAACGUUUAAUAAUAAAAAUUUUAUACCUUACGCUGUCUUAAUAAUAAUAUCCAUUAAUUGUUAUCCUCCUGAAGCCUGAGCCCUCCGUGUGGAGCAUGGCGACUACGAAAUGUAAUACCCUGAACAACAAUCGGACAAUGAGCAAACCGGCAAGUGCAGUAAAGUUGACAGUUAAUAUCUAAUGCAUAAUAGUAUAAAAUGGCUUUAAAGAAAUAUAAAGAGUUCGGACUAUUGAAUACAAACAUUUUAUAAAACAUUAAUGCCAUUUCCUCAUUGUACAACUAUUAUAAAACAACGUGAUCGCGGAUAAAGCGAAAUAAAAGUGAGAAUAUAAUUACUAUCUACCGACGAUUCGCAGAUGUUUAAGUGACACCUAGUGUACGCCGUGUAGGCAUUGUUAGUUACUAGUGGCUGUUCAUCUAAAUUGUUAUUCUUUCUUGCAAAAAGUGCAGACUCAUUGAGUGUAUAAUUAGUCUAUUGGCUAGCAAAUAAUUUAAUUAGUUAAGAUUUUUAAUAAGUAAACAUCUCAAAUGUUUGUAAUAAUCGUACGCCAUACAAGAGCGGACAAAUAAUGGCAAAAGUCUGUGUGAGAUAUUUAUUAGUGAGAAUUAAAUACCUCCAAGCCGAUCCUUUCACCUCGAAAGAACAUGUCAUAAGCAAUAAACAUAGAAAGUACGCGUUCCGUAUAAUAUUAUGCUAUUGCCUUAUCGUCGCAUAUAACACGACUAAUAUUAAUCAUAGAAUAUAUUUGGAAGCUAAGUACGCCCCUGCCAUUGAUGACAGAUAAUUGAGAUAAUAAUUAAUAAAAUUAUGGAUAAAG